CGGCACCAUGGGCAACUGGCUGGUCAACCACUGGUUCUCGGCCGCUGUCGUCGCCGCCUGGCUGGGCAUCAACAUCUUCCUCUUCACGUACUAUUUUCUGUUCUUCGACCGCAAUGAGCAGUACUUCUACACCAGGGAGAUCCUCGGGUCUGCCCUGGCAUGGGCCCGGGCCUCGGCCAAGUGCCUGAACUUCAACAGCAUGUUGAUCCUGCUGCCCGUGUGCCGCAACCUGCUCUCCUUCCUGCGCGGGACCUGCGCCUGCUGCAGGCGCACGCUGAGGAAGCAGCUCGACCACAACCUCGCCUUCCACAAGCUGGUGGCCUACGCGCUGGCGCUCUUCACGGCCGUGCACACCAUCGCCCACCUCUUCAACCUGGAGCGCUACAACUGCAGCCAGCAGGCCCCGGGCGGCAGCCUGGCCGCCAUCGUCUCCAAGCUGCACCUGCAGGGCAACAACUGGCUCAACCCCAUCCACUCCAACCACACGACCCCCGAGUACGUGGCCUUCACCACCAUCCCGGGGCUGACGGGAGUCAUCAUCACGCUGGCGCUCAUCCUCAUGGUGACGUCCUCCACCGAGUUCAUCCGCAGGAACUACUUUGAGGUCUUCUGGUACACGCACCACCUCUUCAUCGUCUACUUCGCCGGCCUCAUCAUCCACGGCAUCGCUGGGCUGGUGCGCGGGCAGACCCCGCAGAGCAUGCGGGAGGCGCCGCCGCGGCUCUGCGCCCCGUGCCUGCUGGACCGGGACUGCGGAUACUGCUGCUGCAAAGAGCCCGAGUUCGGGAGCAUUCCUGCCGAGUCCUGGAAGUGGGUUCUGGCCCCGGUCAUCCUCUACAUCUUCGAGCGGCUCCUCCGUAUCUGGCGUGCUCGGCAGAAGGUGGUGGUCACCAAGGUGGUCAUGCACCCCUCCAGAGUGCUGGAGCUGCAGCUGCAGAAGAAGGGCUUCCGCAUGGAGGUGGGGCAGUACAUCUUCGUCAACUGCCCCGCUGUCUCGCUCCUGGAGUGGCACCCCUUCACCCUCACCUCGGCGCCCGAGGAGGACUUCUUCUCCAUCCACAUCCGUGCGGCCGGCGACUGGACGGAGGGCGUCAUCGACACCUUCCAGCAGCGGACAGAGAUGCCCAGGAUCAAGGUGGACGGCCCUUUCGGCACGGCCAGCGAAGACGUGUUCCAGUACGAGGUGGCCAUGCUGGUGGGAGCAGGCAUCGGGGUCACCCCCUUUGCCUCCAUCCUCAAGUCCAUCUGGUACAAGUUCCAGCAUGCUGACCAGGCCCUCAAGACCAAGAAGAUCUACUUCUACUGGCUCUGCCGGGACACGGGGGCCUUCGCCUGGUUCAACGACCUGCUUGCCUCCCUGGAGCAGAAGAUGGCCGAGUCGGGCAAGGCUGACUUCCUCACCUACCGGCUCUUCCUCACGGGCUGGGACACCAGCAUUGCCAACAACGCAGCGCUCAACUUCGACACUGUCACGGACACGGUGACCGGCCUGAGGCACAAAACCAUCUUCGGGAGGCCAAUGUGGAACACGGAGUUCGCGGCGGUGGCCACGGCCCAUCCCAGGUCCGUGGUCGGCGUGUUCCUGUGCGGGCCGGAGGCCUUAGCCAAGAGCCUGCAGCGGUCUUGUCACCAGCACUCCAGCCUGGACCCCAGGAAGGUCCAGUUCUACUUCAACAAGGAAAACUUCUAA